GUAUAAAAAUCACAGGGUGUAACUUGAAACAUCGUCACCGUCCACACAAGUAGACUUUUUACACAGACACAACUAAACAGCUGACUAGCAAAGAUGGCUUGGGAUGGAGGAAUUGAGCCCAAUGGCACUGAAGGCAAGAACUUCUACAUUCCCAUGUCCAACAGGACUGGGAUUGUUAGAAGUCCUUUUGAGUACACUCAGUAUUACAUGGCAGACCCGAUAAUUUACAAACUCCUAGCUUUCUACAUGUUCUUCCUGAUCUGCACUGGGACUCCCAUCAACAGCCUCACAUUGUUCGUAACUGCUCAGAACAAGAAGCUCCGGCAACCUCUCAACUAUAUCCUGGUCAACCUGGCUGUGGCUGGACUCAUCAUGUGCUGCUUUGGAUUCACCAUCACCAUCACAUCAGCUCUUAAUGGCUACUUCAUUCUUGGACCCACCUUCUGUGCUAUUGAGGGAUUCAUGGCCACACUUGGAGGUGAAGUAGCUCUCUGGUCACUUGUUGUCCUGGCUGUUGAGAGAUACAUUGUGGUCUGCAAACCCAUGGGAAGCUUCAAGUUCUCUGGAGCUCAUGCUGGUGCUGGAGUUUUCUUCACAUGGGUCAUGGCAAUGGCUUGUGCUGCACCUCCACUCUUUGGAUGGUCCAGGUACAUUCCUGAGGGAAUGCAGUGUUCCUGUGGUCCUGACUACUACACACUGGCUCCAGGUUUCAAUAAUGAGUCAUAUGUCAUCUACAUGUUUGUUGUUCACUUCUUCGUUCCUGUCUUCAUCAUUUUCUUCACUUAUGGAAGCCUUGUGAUGACAGUCAAAGCUGCAGCAGCACAGCAGCAGGACUCAGCUUCUACCCAGAAAGCUGAGAAGGAAGUGACCCGUAUGUGUGUCUUGAUGGUCAUGGGCUUCCUGGUAGCUUGGACACCGUAUGCUAGCUUCGCCGGUUGGAUUUUCAUGAACAAGGGAGCUUCUUUCACUGCCCUCACUGCAGCCCUCCCUGCUUUCUUUGCAAAGAGCUCCGCUUUGUACAACCCUGUUAUCUACGUGCUAAUGAACAAACAGUUCCGUAACUGCAUGCUAUCCACCAUUGGAAUGGGCGGCAUGGUGGAGGAUGAGACCUCAGUUUCAACAAGCAAGACAGAGGUGUCCUCUGUGUCUUAAUCCUGAUGGCAUCUUCAGAUCUAUGGACAUUGAUGAUUGCUUCCAGAUUUUAGAACAUCCCAUUAGAAUCAUUUUGCCAAAUGGAUUUAACAAAUGGAGUCUGGACCAAAAACACUAAGGAAUUCUAUGUUAUCUGUGAACUAACAGAAAGGCAAAUGCAUUUUCUGUUGGGAUGAUGUUGUACAGCAAUUGUGUGUCUGUGUGCAUGUGAGAGCAUUUGAGAGAGUGAAUAUGAGUGAACUUGUAAACGAAAAACACCUCAAACUGUAAACCUGCUGAAAUGUGACACUUGUACCUGAUGAAUGUACAAUCACAUGUUGAUUGUUUUCAUGCAAUUACUUGGGGGAGCAUAUAUUUCACUGGUCUACCAGUGGUGUUAUUUUUAUGCAUUAUAUGAAAAGGAAAAAAAAAUAUAGGACUGAGUAAAUAUAAUAAAUGCAUGCAUAAAAAGAAA